AUGCCCCAGUUUACCCUAAGGAACGGAUCUAACCAGUUUCAAAAACUCAAUGCGGGGGUUGACUGCGAUUAUCCAGCCAAAAUUUUUUUUUUACCUAUUCCAAAAUUAGCCGCCCCUCAGUUUGAGGAAAAGGUUGCCGAUUGCACAUUUUUCUGCCAGGGUCGACAAACAGGAGAGAUGCGAACGGUUGGAGUUGGUUUUGCUAUUCGCAGCUCCCUCAUAAAAACUGUAAACCAGGCUCUUUUUGGUAUUUCUCCUCGGCUGAUGAGGAUGCAACUUAGCCUAGAAGAAGGCCACGCUGCCACUUUGAUCAGCUGCUAUGCACCCACGCUUAAGGCAACAAAGGAGGAAAAAGAUUUGUUCUAUGAGCAGCUCAGUGAAGCUGUUGCUUCGACACCAUAUAAGCAUCAACUGGUGCUCGGUCGCAAUGGAGUUGGAAAGGAAAACUCAAACGGAACUAUGCUGCUUGAACUCUGUACAGAGCAUAGUCUGGUGAUCACUAAUAUGGUUUUCCAACAGGCCAACAAAAAGAAGACCAGCUGGAAGCAUCCACAUUCAAGUCACCGGCAUCUUAUCGACUACAUCCUAACAAAUCAACGUGACCUUUGUCUCGCUCGUCUAACCAAAGCGUUUCGGAAGACUACAAUGUGGUCGGAUCACUGUCUCAUCAAGAUCCCAGUGUUUCUAACAGCAAAACCAGCCAAGAAACACCAAAGAGCUGCAAGAAUCACAGCUCUGGUUGACAAAAGGAAACGGAGAAAACAGGUGGCCCAAGAUGGGGGCAGCACAGGAGUAGGGGCCUGUGGAAUCUGUGAUCGUCGAUGUUUGUCUAGAAUUGGACUUUUUGCCUACAUGAAGUCACAUCAAUGA